UUGAAAACUGAGCGAGGGGGGGGGGGUGUUGUUGUUGAUGCGGGUGAGUAGAAGCUGAAUAGGAGCAUUUCCCACACAAGAAACGGGGUGAACGCAAAAAGAGGCCACCAAACCCCUACGUCGUCCCCGGUGACAACUCCUCACAUUCCGCUGGGUCUUCGCCCGUUAUUCGCGAAGCCUGCAAUGGGCUACAGACGAAAGCGGCUUCAUAACGGGUUUUGUCGGGAGAUCCUCUUGCUGCAGCUGUCCUUCGGAGAGCCAGGAGGACAGUCUCGCGUGUAUAUUUCAAGACAGCGGGCCUAGCCAAUGACUGUGACCACGUUCGUCCUUCGCUCUUCACUUCAGUGUGGCUUUAUUCGGCUGAGUAAAUCCUGGGAAUACAUUGACCAUUUAAAUCCAAUUUGAUAUUUAUAGCAGUUCUGACAUCAGACAUUUAUAUGGUGGAAGUGUUUUAUUGUCCCAUUGAACGGAUAUAAUGGAGUGAAUUGCACGAGGGGAGCGACAGUCAGUAGUUUUCUUGCGUGUGAUGAUAGGAGACACAAUGACGCUGUUGUCUCUUUUGGGUCGGAUCAUGCGUUAUUUCCUCCUGAGGCCAGAGACAUUGUUUCUACUAUGCAUUAGCUUGGCCUUAUGGAGUUACUUCUUCCACACGGACGAGGUGAAGACCAUCGUCAAGUCUAGCCGGGAUGCCGUGAAGAUGGUGAAGGGGAAAGUGGCGGAGAUAAUGCAGAACGACAGGUUGGGGGGCCUGAACGUCCUAGACGCGGAGUUCUCCAAAACCUGGGAGUUCAAAAAUAACAAUGUAGCAGUGUACUCCAUUCAGGGGCGGCGUGACCACAUGGAGGACCGCUUCGAGGUGCUCACUGACAUCACCAACAAGAGUCAUCCGUCUAUAUUCGGGAUAUUUGACGGUCACGGUGGUGAGGCUGCAGCUGACUACGUGAAGGCCCACUUGCCAGAGUCUCUGAGGCAGCAGCUACUGUCCUAUGACAGGGAGAAGAGGGAGGGUGUUCUCUCCUACCACAGCAUCCUGGAGCAGCGCAUCCUGGCUGUGGACCGAGACAUGGUGGACAAGCUCUCCGCCAAUCAUGACGAAGCAGGCACUACAUGUCUGGUGGCCCUGCUAUCGGACCGGGAGCUGACGGUGGCCAACGUUGGGGACUCGCGGGGCGUGCUGUGUGACAAGGAUGGGAAUGCGGUGGCGCUGUCACAUGACCACAAGCCCUACCAGCUCAAAGAGCGCAAGAGGAUCAAGAGGGCAGGGGGCUUCAUAAGCUUCAACGGUUCAUGGCGCGUCCAGGGCAUCCUGGCCAUGUCUCGCUCGCUGGGCGACUACCCCCUGAAGAACCUCAACGUGGUCAUCCCCGACCCUGACGUGUUGACCUUUGACCUGGACAAGCUGCAGCCCGAGUUCAUGAUCCUGGCAUCGGACGGCCUGUGGGACGCCUUCAGCAACGAGGAGGCGGUGCGCUUUGUGCGCGAGCGCCUGGACGAGCCGCACUACGGUGCCAAGAGCAUUGUGCUGCAGUCCUUUUACCGCGGCUGCCCAGACAACAUCACUGUCAUGGUGGUCAAGUUCAAGCGUGGUCCUGUGGGGAACAGGGCCGGGGAGUAGAGGUGGUGAUGAGGUCACAAUGUCAUGAUAGGGUCAUCAUUAUUGUUAUGUUAUAGAUUGUCUCUUCUCCCUUGUUGAUGGUGUAGCAAGCGAUCAACCUGGGGAGGAUUGGGAACUGUUGCAACCUGGAUACCUGGCAUUCUCUCUGACACGCACGUACACCUACACCCAAAACCAUUUGUUUUCAUUUCUUCUGACCAUUUACUCUGAAGCUGGAGUGCUAGAUCGUCCUGACACACAUACGUACACACACACACUUCCGUCUCACACGUUGGCAUUCAGCAUGAACACUAAUCUCAUCCAUUCAGUCUUUACUGACACACAACUGGAGAUCACCCCUCCUGCAUCAAUGAGAAGAUGACUCUCUGACUCAACCAGCACUGCAUACUGUGAUCUACUGUUCUCUACCAACAAACAACAGCAGUGUGUUCUACUGUCAACGGACUGACACUGUCCUGAAGAGAAAAAAAAGAGAAAACAUUUACCUUUUGGGACUUUUAUUGUUGUGGAAUGAUAAGCCCUUAUAUCAGCCCAUAAAAAUGCUGUAAGUUCCUUGGUCGUAUACAGGAUCAAACCCUGACUUAGCUCCAGCCAUUGCCUUUUUAUGUUAACACAGUCUUAACCAGGCUGAUGUAUAGUUACUCUAUUAUGGUACUGGACCUGUAUAGGAUAUUUGUUUAGCCUAUCCAUGUUUGGGAAAGAUCUGUGAAUGUUAGCACACAGGUGUUGGUGCUUCCGUCGGAAUCGACUGAUUUAAAGGCUACACAGCUGAAACAGUAAGGCUAAUUGCCAGUAAUAUGCAAUACGAUUGGAGUGAGUACUGAUGUGUUAAUAAGGUCAGGAUCAUGUUAGAGACCAAGGAUGGCCAACUUUGCUCCGAGGGUAGCAGCAGUGUGUGCAGGGUUUCAUUCCAGCCCAGCACACCUGAUUCAAAGAGUUUUAAGUAAUAAAGACUGCACACACUGGUUAUCCAGGAACAGUUGGCCACCCUUGUGUUAGUUUUACUACUGUACUACUGUAUUGAAUACUACAAUUACUACUGUAUUUCAUAGGUACAUUUUAUGCUUGAAAUUAUGUGGCAAGCCUUUUAUAAUUUAACAAUGUACCUUAUUUGCCUUAUUUAUUGUUUCCGUUUUAAUAUUAUUGCCAAAACAAAACAUAUACAGCUGUUUAUUGUUGACCUUUACACACGCAUAAGUCGAUAAUGUAACAACAAGCAUCGCUUGUAGACAGCUCACCAACAACUCAUAUACUCUGCCAAACACAAAAUGUAUGACUUUGCUGAAUAUAGUCUGUCAAUAUUAAAAUUCAAUGCUACCUUGUGAAA